UGUACAAAAUCACAACACUGCUGAAGAUGCCGACCGUUAAAUUCAAGGCCAUCGAAUCCUUCAGCUCUGAGGAUCCGAACUAUCCGGCUGCCAAUCUGUUGCGGCCAGACAACCGUAAGUGGAAAUGCCAUCAGGCGGGUGAGCAGACUGCGUUCGUCGUGAUUCGGCUGGAAGAACCGGUGCAGAUUUCCGGCAUCGACAUCGGCAACGAACAUUCGGCGUUCAUCGAGGUGCUGGUCGCACGCAGUGGCCCCGCAAAUCCCACAUUCAGUGAAAUGCUGCUUGCUACCAAGUUCAUGAGUAUGGUCGAAAGCCGGAACUCGACAUCCACCAACCGGUUGCAGUGCUUCAGUGGCCCCAGCCUGCUACCGACGGUGGCCCAGGAGAAGUGGGAUCUGGUGAAGGUGAUCUGUACCCAGGAUUUUAACACGCGCGUCAAGUUUGGGCUCGCCUUCAUUACGCUCCACACUAGCAGUGGCAAGAAGACGGAACGGAGCCUCGUGCCGGAGAAAUUUCAACAGUUGAUUAAAGCAGAAGCCAGCAAGAAACAACCGGACAGUGGAUCGGCCGGUGGUAUAGCUUUGGCCGCAUUUGGACGAUUUAAACUCCGUGAAGAAUCCCCCGAUUCCGAUGAGGAGGGCACGAAAGUGUUUGCACGAUGGAAGCAAAAAACUGAAAUCAACGCGUCGCCUUCCAGCGGAACGACAAGCACGCUGUUACGGGACAUUAAACCUUCGGAAGCGUUACUCAAAAAGAAAGAAUCUUCACUGCAAAUCAUUCAUCCCGGAACGGCUACCACUCGUCCUAAGCCCCAGAAGUACGAAAGCAGCGAUGAGGACCAAAAACCGGUCAACAGCGUGGCAACAGCAAGGCAAAACCGCAACGAUAAAUCACUUUUAUAUGAUCCGGAAGAUUGUAAACCGAGCGAAAAGAAGCUUGCCAUCAAACCACCGCCCACCGUUCCUGAACGACCGCCACGGCCCAAAGAAAAUGCGCGUCCGGGGGAGAAAGCCGAUAAAAAUGCAUCGAAGCUGUCCUCCUCGAAGUUUAGCGAGUUUCUGCAAUUUACCGGCCAAACGGUGGACGGGCCCGGUGUGUCACGAACGCAUCUGUCGAAAGAGGGCAAGUCACCUUCAACCCAAGAUAAGGAACGUCAAGAUAGCUCAAAACAUGUAUUAUCCAGAAGUGAAUCAACCGCCAAAAGGAUGUCAUCGCUGCCGAUCGAAAAAGAGAGUGUUGCGGUUAAAAAGCGUCCCCCCUCGCCGACAGCUGACAACGCUGGUUCGUCCUCUUCAUCGCAGGCAGUUAAGAAAAUCAGGCCAGCAACUUCCGAACCUGAAGAUGAACCGAAAAGAUUGCAGUAUAAACCGUUUGGAAAGCUAUUGGAUAACGUGGUACUGGCUAUCAGCGGAAUUCAGCAUCCAGAGCGAGGCAACAUUCGAAGCAAGGCACUAGCGAUGGGCGCUAAAUACAGACCUGACUGGGACUCCUCCUGUACCCAUCUGAUAUGUGCCUACAAAAAUACGCCAAAGUAUAAUCAGGUGAAGGGAAAAGGAAAGAUCGUCGAAAAGGAUUGGAUCGAAAAGUGCUACUCUUUACGACGUAAGCUGUCCUGGCGUAAGUUCGCCCUCGAUACCGAAGAGUGCCAGGUGACCGAUUCGGAGGACGAAAUUGUGGACAUUGCGCAACGGCCUGUGGAAGAAGAGCCGCUUACAGUCUCUGAUGGCGAUGAAACGACGACGGAACAAGAAAGAGUUCGCGUUGAGGCCGGCCAUUCGGAAGUACAACCGGACGAGAAUGGUCGCAUGCCUUACGAUAUUAGCACGGAUGACGAAGCCGGCUGUAAUGAUGAUCAGUCAAAGGGUGGAUUGGAUUUCUUCAAAGAAUAUACAUUUUUCAUUGACAGAGAUGUGGGAGCCGUUGAUACCAUGAAGCUGGAACGCUUUAUCAAAACUUACAGAGGGACGAUGAUCAAGGCGAUCAAUGAUGCAGAUUUUAUCGUUACUCGCAGCAAACGGCUCGUGGAGAGUACGUGCAAAGGACGGCUCGUGAAACCGCUGUGGAUAUUCGAAUGUCACGAAAUGGAAUGUUUCAUACCAGUGGAUCGUUAUCUUCUGUAGCAGCGCGGAC